AUGUACCAAUAUUGUCGAGGCAUCCGCCUCUCGAGUUCAACUUCAACGAGCGGGAGAAUCCACUGGGAUCCAACUGUUGCCCUCGAACUCAAUCACCCAACUCUUAUAUUGCUCGAAAAAUGCAGGACAAGGUACCAUUUCAAACAGAUUUUGGGGCAGAUGAUGAGGACCUGUCUAAUUGGUCAGACAUUUCCCAUGAGCAGGCUUCUCACAUUCUCAGCCAUCUCACACCCUGAUAAUUUAGACAUGGCUAUCCUUCUUUUCAAUCACUAUACUCCUAAUCCCAAUCUUUACAUUUAUAAUUCUAUGAUUUCUGCUUUAUCUUUCUCUAAAAGCCAACCGUUUGCCCUAUACAAUUCCAUGCUCCACUCUGGUAUAUGCCCAGAUAAACACACCCUUCUUUACUUACUCCAAGCGUCCACAUGCAUAUCAGAGGCAAAGCAGCUCCACAGCCAUGCCGUUGUUACAGGUUUGUUGUCACAUGGAUACCUGCAGAACACCCUCACCAAGAUAUAUCUGGAAAAAGGACAAAUGGGGCUUGCUUGCCAGGUUUUCCGUGAUGUGCCAACACCAGAUCCAGUCUUAUUCAAUAUCAUGAUUGUUGGUUAUGCCAAGAUGGGAUAUUGUUCAGAAGCUCUUCAACUGUUCUAUGAAAUGGUGGGUUUGGGUCUUAAACCUGACGAGUUUACCAUUUUAGGACUUCUUAUAUCUUGUGGACUAUUAGGAGAUUCCCGACUGGGAAUGUCUGUUCAUGCAUGGAUUGAGAGGAGGAAAGCCAUCACUGCUUCAAAUUUGAUCUUGGGUAAUGCUCUUUUAGACAUGUAUGUGAAAUGGAAUAAAUUGGAGCUUGCUCAAAGUAUAUUUAAUGCUUUAGUGGAUAAGGAUAUCGUGUCAUGGAACACCAUGACCGCAGGAUAUGCCAAGGUUGGCAAAUUAGAACUUGCCCUCACAUAUUUCGAGCAAAUGCCUAGAAGAGAUCUUGUUUCUUGGAAUUCAUUAAUUGCUGGCUAUGCCAAGAAGGGUGAUUACACGAUGGCAGUGAAGGUAUUCAACAACAUGAUUAGGGUGAAUGUGAGGCCUGACAAUAUCACUCUGGUUAAUUUGGUCUCUGCUGCAGCGGAAAUUGGAGCACUAGACCAAGGAAAACAGAUUCAUGGCUUGAUUGUGAGGAUGAAGUUGAAAAUAGAUGUAUUUUUGGGUUCAGCAUUAAUAGACAUGUACUGCAAGGCUGGAAGUAUUGAAAGAGCCUUCAUGGUCUUCAGGGGACUGACAGAGAAAGAUGUUACCAUAUGGACGACAAUGAUCACUGGAUUUGGAUUCCAUGGUUACGGAAACAAAUCUCUGGAUCUGUUUUCUGAGAUGCAGAGAGUUUUAUUGCCAAAUGGGGUGACUCUUGUUGCCGUUCUUACAGCUUGUAGUCAUAGUGGACUUGUGGAUGAAGGGCUAAAUAUAUUCAACAAUAUGAAGAAUAAUUUUGAUAUCGAACCAGGAGUUGAGCACUAUGGGUGUCUAGUGGAUCUUUUAUGUCGAUCAGGGAGAUUGGUAGAGGCAAAAGAUGUGAUUGAAAAGAUGCCAAUGAAGCCAAGUCGAAACAUCUGGGGAGCAAUGCUGAGUGCUUGUAGAGCGCAUGGAGACAUGGAACAAGCUGAAAUAGCUUCAGCAGAGCUACUCAAGUUAGAGCCUGAGAAAGAGGGAGGAUACAUUUUGAUGUCUAAUAUGUAUGCUGCUUGUGGGAGGUGGAGCUACUCAGAUAAGAUUAGAGAAAUAAUGGAAAUCAGGGGAGUGAAGAAGACCGCAGGUUGCAGUAGCGUAAUUGUUGAUGGAGUUAUCCAUGACUUUGUUGUUGCAGAUAAACGGCAUCCAAGAUGGGUUGACAUCUUUCUUGUUUUGCACUGUCUGAAAAGUGAAAUGAAGUUGGACGCUGAUCUCUUGACAAUGUUGAUUUUAGACAUUGAGGAGCCUUGUUUUUUAUGUUGA